AUGCUCGUUGACUCCUUGAGCAUCGGCCUCGUUGCAGGCCUCUCCCUCAGUCUAGCCGCGGCUGCUACAUUCCCCCACGGGCUAGACAGGCAGAAGCCACUCGCAAUAGCCACCACGAGCGCAAGGAAUCCAUUCGACGAUGACUUAAGAAAUUUUAUCGAUGAUUUAAUGGAAAGAUGGAAGAUCCCGGGCAUGUCUGUAGCAGUCGUUGAUGGUGACGAUGUGUACGCCGAGGGAUAUGGUUAUGCCUCACUACCCGACGUGAAAGCAACCCCGGAGACACUCUAUUACGCAGGGUCGACGUCCAAGGCAUUCACCGCUGCAACGCUAGCGCACAUGAUGGAUAGCAAAAACUACACAGCUCUGGCUGGCAGAUGGGGCACGCCCAUCUCUUCCAUCAUCCGUGACGAUUUUGUCUUGCCCGACCAGUGGAUGACGAGCAAUAUCAACCUUGAAGAUGCAGUUAGUCAUCGUACCGGAUACCCGCGUCACGACCUAUCAUGGCCUCGCUACCGCGAUGAUGGGAGCAAAGACACCAUCGCCAAUACUGUCAGGAGCCUGAGAUAUCUCAAGCCCAGUGCCUCACCACGGACGACAUAUCAGUAUUGCAACCUGAUGUUUGUCACGUUGGGCCAUGUGGUCGAAACUCUUACGCAGAAAUGGCUAGGCGACGUGAUCCGUGAGAUGAUCUGGGAACCUCUCGGGAUGACGGCCACAUUUGGAGAUACUGAAGACGCUAUGGCUGCCCCCGAGCAUCUUGCUGCCGGAUACAUUUGGGACUCUGAGGAGGAGGUAUACACCAGACUGCCCUUUGGUAACAAUAGAGACUUGGGCGGAGCUGGACUCGUGAUUUCCUCUGUGGCCGACUAUACGAAGUGGGUGAGAUGCCUCCUCCACGAGACGCAGCCAUUCUCCAAUAAAGCACACCAAGACAUACGGAAGACCCGUAUGCUCACCCCCGAAAACGAGUCCUUUGCUGAUGGGGAUCUUGUCUAUGGCCUCGCAUGGGAAAAGAAGACAUAUCAUGACGAGGUAGUCUACAAGCACGCCGGAACGACGCCUGCCUAUGCCACGCAAGUAUACUGGCUGCCAAAGCGAAAGUAUGGCGUUGUGGUCAUGGCGAACACCGGGGCUGCAAACGCAGCCGAGGACGAGGUCGUGUGGAGGCUCAUCGAGGAUAAACUCGGAGUGCCAGGAGGCCAACGUUAUAAUAUUUCAUCCAGCCUGGACGAGCGCAGAAAGGAGGAGAAUGAGGCGAGGCAAAACCUUCUAAACCUGCUAUAUCCAAACCGACCGGAGUCGCCACUGCCAUCUGCCCUCAACAACAGCCAACUUGUCGGCAAAUAUUCCGAUCCAGGGUAUGGUAGCUUCAACAUUGUCGAGCGCGAAUUUGAUGGGGAAAUCGUGCUCGGGGCUAAUUGGCUCAAUACGCUUGAAGUAAAAUUCAACCACGUCACGGGUAACUAUUGGCUCGCGCAAUUCUUUCUGAUUAAAAAGUUUUUUGUAGUUGCAUUAGCGGCAGAGUUUAAGGUUGGCGUCGACGGCAAAGCCGCGGGCUUGGAACUUCAACUCUCCAAGCCAGAGGACGAAAUUAACGAGGGUAGCGUGUGGUUUGAAAAAGUCAAUUGA